AUGACGACGGCGAAUCGGUGGGUGAAUCGAGCGGAGAUUCCGACGGUGAAUCGUCUUAACGUUGAUGGUGAAUCGUCUUCUGUCUCUUCUCUUCUCUCUGGGGCGAUGACGACGGCGACUCGUUCGGUGAAUCGAAGGGAGAUUCCGAGCGAUUGUGACGGUGAUUCGUCUUACCGUUGA